AUGCCCUUCUCCAUUCAGGGUGUUACUCCCAGGAAGCCCACAGCCGACUCCCAGGACAAUGGCAAGACUCCUGGUGCGUCUGCUCAGAAGAGAAUCACCACACCACACGCCUGUGCCGAGUGCAAAAGGCGAAAAAUUCGAUGUGAUGGCCAACAGCCCUGUGGCCAGUGCCUGUCCAGCCGCGCACCCAAGAGAUGCUUCUAUGACAAGCACCGCCAGCGAGUCAUUCCUUCACGGAAGACGCUCGAGGCACUCUCGCAGUCCCUCGAGGAGUGCCGUUCGAUCUUGAAGCGCCUCUAUCCCAACCAAGAGACCCAGGCCCUCCUUCCCCUUUCUCGCCAGGAACUUCUAAGCUUACUCGAGCGUCCAGUGCUUGACACCUCCGUCGUGACAGCAUUGCCAUCACCGCCACUCAACACUUCACCUUUGUCGCAGGAGCUGGAAUCCCCAAUCUGUAGCUCCUCAGAACAGGGACUUUCGAGCCUCGAACAGAUGCCCGGUCAAGACACAGAGUGGGAUGAAGAGCGCCGCGGGCGUGACCCCAUCCCCAUCGAAGCUGACGAUGUCAAUGCUCUCGGGCUCUCCGUCGACCGCCAAUCUUCAUAUCUGGGCGCCUCGUCUAUCAAGGCUGCCUUGAUGUGCAUGCUCAAGGUUCAGCCUUCCCUGCGUACGCAGCUUACCACGCCGCUGAACACGGCUGAGAUUGCCCACAACUUUCCAAUCCGCCCCCAGCAACAGGGUCCCAAGGAAAACCAGCGCAUCUCGUGGUCGUGGAAGGGCCAGACCCUCCUGGACGCCUACUUCAAGCGCAUCAAUGUCUUUAUUCCCAUGCUUGACGAGGCUGCCUUCCGCGCCGAGUACCUGGAGGGCCAGCGCUGCGACAGUCCGUGGCUCGCCUUGCUCAACAUGGUUUUUGCCAUGGGCAGCAUCACUGGCAUGAAGUCGGAUGAUUACAAUCACGUCAACUACUAUAACCGCGCCAUGGAACAUCUGCCCCUCGAUGCCUUCGGCAGCAGCCACAUCGAAACCGUCCAAGCUCUGGCUCUCAUCGGCGGUUACUAUUUGCACUACAUUAACCGUCCAAACAUGGCAAACGCCGUGCUUGGCGCCGCCAUCCGCAUGGCCAGCGCACUGGGACUCCACCGCGAGAGUCUGGCCCAGAGCGCCAGCGACAUGGUCGCUGCUGAGACUAGGAGACGAACUUGGUGGAGCUUGUUCUGCCUCGACACUUGGGCCACCACGACCAUGGGCCGCCCGUCUUUCGGCCGAUGGGGCCCUGCCAUCAACAUCAGCCCGCCAGAGUUUGGCAUUAAUCAGGUGAGUCUCUUUCAGCCACGGAAUAAUUGUCUUGGCGGUGUCCGGUCGCACCCGCCCAUCCCGCUUCCAUCUCCCACCCACACUUCCCCACACCACCCUCAUCUCCCCUCGCCCCUCGCCUUAACAAACAGCUCCCGUCAACUAGUUCAUCGGCUAACCACCAACAAGGCCCGUGACUCAGCCCAGCAUGCGGGCGUCCUGCCCCUGAUUGAGAACAUCAAAUUCUGCAAGAUUGCAACGCAAAUUCAAGACCUCCUCGCCAUUUCGCCGCUCCUGCGUACCGAGGAUCGGUGCAACAUUGAUGGUCAGCUUGUGAACUGGUAUGCCAACCUCCCGUGGCUGUUGCGCACCACAGACCCGUGUGCAGAGCCCCUCUAUAUUGCUCGAUGCAUCAUGAAGUGGCGCUACCAGAACCUCCGCAUGCUGCUGCACCGUCCGGUUCUUCUUAGCCUCGCCAGCAACACCAGCAGCGGCGUCAUGCUUGCCCACGUUGCGGAACAGGACAUCGCUGCCAUUGAGACCUGUCGUGAGCUCGCCAAGCAAACCAUCGAGGACAUUGCUCGCGAGUGGACUCGCAACCAGAUGUCAGGCUGGAAUGCAGUCUGGUUCCUUUACCAAGCUGCCAUGAUCCCCCUCAUCAGCGUCUUCUGGCAGUGGAACAGUCCUCGCGUGUCCGAGUGGCACAAGCAGAUCGAGACAAUCCUAGACCUUCUUGAGGCCAUGGAGGAUUGGUCCCUUUCUGCCCGCCGCAGCCGCGAGGUGGUCUGGCGUAUGUACGAGGCUUCACGCCAGCCCAGCAUGCGCUCCGAAAGCCAGAGCCAGAGCCCCGUUCUUCACGCCAUGGGCAGCAACGAACACGGCAGCAUUCUCAUGGCCGCCGAGGCAGAGCUUCGCAUGUCCCCUAUCGGCUUGGAGCCAGAGGGCAUGGGUAUGAUGGGCAUGCUCGAUCAGCAAGGUCUUUGGGACCUCGACGGAAUGUUCUGGGGCGGCGCCUCAGGAGACUCCUCGACUGACGCCCAAAGCCACCCGCACCACCAACAGCAACAACCUGGCGGCGUCGACUUUGGCGGCUUCAGCGUCAACGAGCAGAUGAUGCACAUGGACUACAACAUGAUUGGCACUCCCGCUUCUGCAGUGACCAUGGACGGUGGCUUCUUUGUCCACUAA